AAAUCUAAUAAUGGAAGAUCCAAUCAACGCCAACCCCACCAUUAUCGACGUGGCUGACUUGCCAACCAGGCAGACCAAAGAGCCUCUGAGAGGCUCUCACGAGCAGCUCAUGGACAGAAUUCUUUCACUUUCUCUCUUGCCUCCCAAGAGAUCGCUGGAGAUCACCCCAACAGAUGCCUUACCAGAUCUUGUAUCAGACACAGGAUCGAGCACUGAGGACGACGACGAAAUGGAAGAUGAAGAAGAAGACCCGGUAGACUCUCAAGAGAUUUUCGACUUGAUAGCGACAAUCUCUGACCCAGAACAUCCACUUACCUUGGCUCAACUUGCAGUAGUAAACUUGGAAGAUAUUGAUGUGAUUGAUAAACCAAAGGACCAAAUUUCCGAGGUUCUUAUCAAAAUCACUCCCACCAUUACACACUGUUCCCUCGCCACGCUUAUUGGGUUGGGGAUUAGAGUGAGGUUGGACAGAUGCUUACCACCAAGAUUCAGAAUCAGGAUCCUUAUCAAGGAAGGUACCCAUCAAUCGGAAAAUCAAGUCAACAAGCAGUUGAAUGAUAAGGAGAGAGUUGCUGCUGCAUGUGAGAACGACCAGUUGUUAUCGGUCAUUCUGCAAAUGCUUAGUACUUGUAAGAGCGUUUAAUCGUUUGAUGCGGUGCAUCACAAAAGAAGGACCACAGGUUGAGUCUUGACAUAAAUAUAAU